AUGGAUUUGAUAAAGCUGAAGACUUCCUUCAAGACCCCUGCAACAGGUCCAACUCUAGAUCUCAACUUCAGCAAUGAAAGAAUAGAUGAUGACCAAGAAGUGCCCAGCAGCCCACAAGGAAAUGGACCGUCAUCUCCAGAUCUGGCGGACUUGGGGCUACCAGCCUCUCCAACUGGGACCUGUACAGUGACAGAAGACAGGUUGGAAGAAAGGAGCCAGAAGUUGGACAAUGGAAAAGAGAAGGAGUUUCAAGAUCUAGAGAAGUCAAGAAUCAGUGACCAAAAGACAGGAAAAGUGUCAUCUUCCCUAAGUCAGGAAGAGUGGGAUGACUUGUUCACAGCUGUUCUCAGCAAGCCCCCAGAAGACUCUUCAGCUGCCGAGAAGGCUGAUUCAGUAGGAGUUGCCUCAGCUGAUGACUUUGAAUCUCUAGCAGUGGAUGCUAAACAAGUUGUGGAAGGAGAAGGAUCAGAGAGCUUGAAAGCAAAACAUGGUGAAACAGGAGAGCAUGAUGCGAAAGAUGUUCCUGACAAGACCCCUGCUACCUCGGAACACAACACCCCCAAGUGCCACACUCCCAAGAAACCCGCCAAACCAAGAAGUAAGAAAAAGAAACUUCAUCCCAAGCAGCUGGUGUACUCUGAAUCCAUGGCUGGGGAGGGUACUGGUGGUGCCGUCUACGAGAAGAGCAAGAAGAUUAAGAAGAAGAAAAAGCUGAAGACUACCAGUCCAGACAAGAACAUCUAUGAAUUUACAGAGGAGACUGGGCCCUCAUCAUCUACCAUCAAACCAAAGAAAGAGGACAAGAAAAAGAUGUCAAAGAGGAAGCGUUUCCUUAGCCGUGAGAUUGAGGAGAAGGGGACCUGGGUACAGUGCACAGCUGACAGAUGUGGCAAGUGGCGUUACCUGUCCGAGGUGACAGAUCCUGCCUCUGUGCCAGACAGGUGGACAUGUUCUAUGAACAAAGAUGAAGAGUACAACAGCUGUGAGAAGACAGAAGCUGACUGGAGUGAACUGGAGUUUGUGGACACACGUUACGUGGAGGGCUCAAUCGUUUGGGCUAAGAUGCCAGGAUACCCAUGGUGGCCAGGGAUGGUAGAAGAGGACCCGGAUGACCAAGCAUACUAUGAGACAGAUAGCAGGCAAAAACCUAUCCGCUACCAUGUCGUCUUUUUCGGGAAGACGGUGUCCCGAGCUUGGAUCCCGGAGAGAUCAGUGCGACCCUUUACCCGGCAGGAUGACUCUGAUCACAUGGGGUCGCUGGUCGUGGACGGCAAGAACUACCGGAAACGUGUGCACGUUGCAUGCACCAUGGCAAGACAGGCUGUUGUGCUGUCCAUAAAGAAGAGACUGCAAACCUUUGGAUUUGGCAAGCGGUUCCAAGGACACUGGGGAAAACAAGAAGUCAGUUCGGAUGAAAAUGACAAAGAACCCCUAAAGGAAACAACAAGUAAAAGUUCACCAGAGGAGGAAACACAGCCCACAUCACCUGAUGACCUGUCAGACAGUGGGAGUGUGGAAGACCUGAUGGAACAAGCAGAGAAGGUGUUAGGGAAUGCAGAGUCUUUCCUCACCUCAUUGCAGAAUAAAGGAGAAGACAAUGAUGGCAAAAGUGAUGAAGAGUUUGAAUACUCCCCAGGUAAGGUCAUGAAGAUUUCCCAUGAACCACCUGUCCUAAAGAAAGACAAAGAGCAGUCUGAAGAACCGAAACCAGUCAAGAAAAGAAAAGGGAAGAAAUCAGAUGACAAACAGGUUCCAAAAAAGAAAAAGAAGACCCUUCUGUCAGAAGAUGGUAGCAAGAAGAGUAAAACCUCCUUGAAAGAUAAGCGAGUCUCCCAAGAAGAAGCAGAAGUUAAGAAAGCUCCUGCUUUCAAAGUAAAGUUGAAAAAGUCUAAACCUGUGGCACCACAGAAGGAAAACAAGCUCAGUAACAAUGAUAAAGAAGUUACAGAGAACACAGAUACCGAGAUAAAACCCAAGAAUGAAGACAAGCAAGCAGCACCUGCCCCAAAACCAAAGAAGCCCAGCUUCAAGCCACCGCGACAAAAGAAGACAUUAACUGCCACUGCCUCUCCCAACGAUACAUCAGAGAACAAGGCAACUGAGCCCCCUCCAGAAUGUGAACCUCCUAUCCCAUUUGACAGUGAGAUCUUCACCAUGGAAAUGGAUUCACAGGAAGAGAGCUGUAACAAGCAACCGAAGACUGUUAAUAAGCCUCCAACAACAAAGAAAGCUGAAAAGAAAGCAGACCCAGACCACGAAGCUCAGAAAAAUGACAGUGACGACAUGCCACCCUGUUCACUUGAAGCAUCCAAUACAGAUGAUGCUGAUGAUCUUCUUAGUGCCCCUAACAGUCCCUCCAUGGAUUUGCCAGAUCCAGUCAGCAUUGAGAGUGUCUGUCCUUCAAGUCCAGAGAUGGACCUGACAGAGAAAGAUGUGGUCACAGCUGUUAUGGACAGCUGCGUUCCUUCCAGCCCUGCCAUGGAUUUUGAGGAACACUUGGACGACAGCAAUGUACCAGCUAGUCCACUGAUGGAUUUUGACGACGAUGAUACAAGCUGUCUUCCUGUCCAUGGUACGGAAGACCCAUUCAGUGACAACUCACAACCAUUUGACUUGGAAGAAUAAGCUAAAUGAUUGUAAUGAAAGAAUUGUCGUACACAGUGCUUUAUGCAAAA